AUGCGACAGAAGAGUUCAUCAAAUUCAGCUUUAAUUGUUGGUUUAGUUGCAGCAGUUGGUGGUUUUAUGUAUGGAUAUGAUACAGGAUUAAUAAAUGAUUUAUUAGAAAUGAAAUUUGUUUAUACAAAUUUUCCAAGUAAUGGAAUAGGAUUUUCAACUCAUGAAAGAGCUAUCAUUGUUGCUUCAUUAUCUCUAGGUACAUUAUGCGGAGCUUUAAUUGCACCAUUAAUUUCAGAUAAUUAUGGUAGAAAAUUUUCAAUUAUAAUAAGUGCUGGUAUCAUUUUUAAUAUUGGAAAUAUAUUACAAAUUAGUUCUACUGAAAUAGCUUUACUUUCUGUUGGUAGAUUUGUAUCUGGUAUAGCUGUUGGUAUACUAUCAGCUAUUGUUCCUUUAUAUCAAGCAGAGGCAUCACCCAAAUGGGUAAGAGGUUCUAUUGUUUUUACUUAUCAAUGGGCUAUAACUUGGGGGUUAUUAAUAGCAAGUGCAAUAUGCCAAGGAACUAGAAGAAUGACAAAUUCCGGUUCUUAUAGAAUACCUGUUGGAGUACAGUUUUUAUGGGCUUUAAUUUUAACAACUGGUAUGUUGUUUUUGCCCGAAUCUCCUCGUUAUUAUGUACAAAAAGAUAAUUUACAAAAAGCAUUAGAAGCACUUUGUAAACUACGACGUUUACCAGCUGAUGAUGAUGAUUUGAUUGAAGAAUUAGUUGAAAUAAAAGCUAAUUAUGAUUAUGAAAGAUCCUUUGGUAAAACAACUAUUUUAGAUUGUUUUAGAAGUGGUGGUGGUAGACAUAAACAAGGUUUAAGAAUGUUGACGGGUGUUGGAGUACAAUUUUUUCAACAAUGUUCAGGUGUUAAUUUUAUUUUCUAUUACGGAGUUAAUUUUUUCAGUUCAACUGGGGUUCUGAAUUACUACAUAAUGUCACUAAUUACUUAUGUUGUAAAUGUUGUUUUUACUAUACCUGGUAUAAUUCUAAUUGAUACCGUUGGUAGAAGACCAUUGUUAUUUUGGGGAGGUAUUGGUAUGGCAGUUUCUAACUUCAUAAUUGCAAUUGCUGGUGUAAGUAUUCAACAACAACAUGUGAAUGCUAUUUUAUGUGUUUCAUUUUCAUGUGUAUUUAUAUUAUUUUUUGCAAGUACUUGGGGUGGUUGUACUUGGGCAUUAUGUUCAGAUAUUUACGGUAUAUCUAUUAGACAAAAAGCUGUUUCUUUAACAGCUGCAACAAACUGGUUUGUUAACUUGAUUUUUGCAUAUAUUACUCCAUAUUUGAUUGAUACAGGCUCACAUACCGCAGCUAUUGGAAGUAAAAUAUUUUUCAUAUGGGGUAGUUUGAAUGCAGUAGGGACAAUAUUUGUAUACUUUACGGUAUAUGAAACAAAAGGGUUAAAAUUGGAAGAAGUUGAUUAUAUGUACGCCCAUUGUAAUAAUGCAAGAAUUUCAAAUAAAUUUAAAUCAACUAAAAUACAUUAUGAUCAAUUAGAUGAAAAUUAUAACCCAAUAAGUCCAUUACCCCCAGCAUCAACUACAUCAAAUGAUUUAUCACCAAAUGAAAAAGAUCAUGAGGAAGAAGAUUUAGCAGAUCAUUCUAAUGAUCAAAUGAUGGAAGAAAAUAAAAAUAUAACAAUUGUUCCAUAUAAUAAUAUAAUUUCACCAUCUGUGCUGGGUUCACUGAAUGACUCCAACUUAACAUCAACAGCACCUAAAUUAAGAAAACAAUCAAUAAUAUCUUCCAUUAACUCAUCGAAAUCUACAACUCAUCAAUCACAAGUAUCAAAUGAUUAUCAACUUUACCUAGAAAGUUUACAAAAAGAGUAUUCACAACAUUAUAGCAAUUCAGCAAAUAUGAUCAAAAAAAUUUCAACUAGUCAAAGUAAAAAAUCUCAACUAAAUAAUAGUAAUAGACAAACUAGUAUUACUUCCCAACCACCAAAUUUGGAACUGGCUUUCCCAAUUAAUCAUCAACCACUGAAUCAAGAACAAUUCAAUUCUCACUUUCCAAGUCACAACAUCAUACCUACGAAUAAUGAAUCAACGAAUUUAAAUGAUUUACAAAAUUUACAAACCACAAUUAUUGCAAUUCCUUAUUUCGAUCAACCACCACCUGAUUCAGAUACUAGUUCUGGAGAGGAAGAAGAAACUUAG